ACACACACACACACCUUAAACCAGAAGUCGGGCUGCUGUGAGUUUUGCCCUAGAGGUGCGCCGGAUUUACCAGUCGCACGCUUCAAGACUAAACAGGCUACUUCCUGUGCGGUGGAUGUGAUUCAUAUUAAACAAGAGAUGUCAUGUCAAGUGCGUGGAAUUCAUUCGAAAGUGACUAAAUUCGUGCUCAAUUGACAGUUCAGCUGCAGUUCAGUUAAGUUUCCUCAUCGGUGGAUAUUUUACCUCAGGGGAGGUCUGCCUGGGAGUAUUAUAAUUUGCACCUACGUUUCUUGACCUGCAACUAGGAAACUCUUUGCUCGUUCACUUUGUGCGCUAUUCCUGGGCUGUGGGCUGCAUGGAUCGUAUGAGAGUGGGGUGUUAGGGGUUUUGCGCACGGCUUGAGUGAUCGUCUCGGCCGGUGAUGGCGGAGAUGAGCGCGCUGCUGCAGGGCGCUGAGGGCGCAGGAGCCACUAGCUCGCUCCUCUUCCUGCCGCCGCUCGCCGAGACUCUCGCGCUGCUCGGAGAUCAACGAUUUCCUGCCGAGCAGCUGUCCCGCAGCACACCCUCCGAGCUGGUGCACUUAAAGGGCAUCCUGAGGAGGAGACAGCUUUACUGCAGAACCGGUUUCCACCUGGAAAUCCUACCGGACGGCACGGUGCAAGGCACGAGGAAAGACCAUAGCCGCUUCGGUAUUUUGGAAUUCAUAAGCCUUGCAGUUGGAUUAAUCAGCAUCCGAGGAGUGGACAGUGGCCUCUACCUUGGAAUGAAUGACAAGGGGGAACUCUAUGGCUCUGAGAAACUGACAGCUGAGUGUGUCUUCCGGGAACAGUUUGAAGAGAACUGGUACAACACAUAUUCUUCCAACCUCUACAAACAUGGCGAGAAGGGGGCACGCUACUAUGUGGCACUCAACAAGGAUGGAACACCACGAGAUGGGACAAAAUCAAGGCGACAUCAGAAGUUCACACAUUUUCUCCCCAGGCCAGUAGACCCUGAUAAAGUACCUGAACUUUACAAAGAAGUUUUAGGACACAGCUGAGAUUUGGUGUAUGAAGAGGAAUAGGCUUGUUAUGCCCUGUUCUAAUCAUAAAGGAACAGGGGAAAUGUAUGGGUGUCUAGUAGCCUGGGUAAACCCACGAGUGCCACAAAGAUGACAUGGGUUCUUGCUUCAGGAAGCAUAAACCAGAAAUGAUGGUGAAGUGCUCAAUCCUGGACAUUUUCCUAAGUGCUGAGAGCUACAGAAGGCGUCCCAGAGUCCAUUGGUCUAACAGAAACUUUUUACCAUUAGGCUUGCUGCUGAAUAGUGAGAAGAGAAAAUGUCCUGUCUGAUGCUGGAAAGGACAUUUAUAUGACAAGUUUUUCUACUUUCAGGCUUGGUUUAUUAUUGACUGGCUUUGGAGAAAACUGAAGGAACACUACUUAUGUGAUGCGCUGAAAUGUCAAGACUGAAAGCUGUGGAGAACAGAACACAUAAGCAGGAUAUUAUUUAUACAGUUCACACUACAUAUAUUUAUUUUAUGUAUUUAUUUAUUUGAUAAUAUAUAUUUUUACAUCUAAAUGUAGACUUAUCUAAUCAGAUCCACUGUAGAAGGUGCCUUAAGCUAGCAUGAAAUCAGAUGUGUUCAUACGAUGGAAGUGCAAAAUAUUACUUUAUAUUGUCAUUAUAAUAUAAUAAGUAUACUUUUUCUUUGCAGACAUAUGUAAAAUGGUUGUUAUUUCUAUACACAUUUCAAGAAGGUCCAAAACCAUUUCUGUGCCAGUUCAACUAAUAACAGCAAACCAAAAUUGUCUUUUUUUAUAGGAUUACUUUAUAGUAUCUUAUUUUUUCCACAGAAUUUGAUCUCUUUUAGAAACAUGUCAUUGAUAUAUAUCACUUGAAGCUUUGAAAAGUGAAAGUUUCAAAAAGAGAAAUAUUCCCUUAAAACUUUGUUUGUUUUCCGUGGCCCUAGUUAUGCAGUGAACAAAAGGCUUGUCGAGCACUCAUCAACUUCAAAGCUCCUUUUAGAGACCUUCUCAUGUAACAACCUCCCAAUGACAAGAUCAGGGUGAAAUAAAAACUCAACCUUAGCUGCAGUCUAGUGGUUUGGCAGUCUUGCACAAAAGGGGUCAAACUGAUAAGUAUUAAGCCCUUUCUGCUGACUAUUUCAGAACAAAAAAAGCUUAACAUAACCACUUAAGCACAUAUCAGUAAUAUGUGGUGUUUUAUUUGUUUGGUCAAUUUUUCAAUAUAUCCAUGACAUAUGGUUUUGUGUUAUUGUCUGAGAGUGAGAUUAACUGUCUGUACCAGCAUUUGCAAUUAAACCAACUGUCACUUACACAAUAUGAGAUUCAGAUACCUGAGGCUCACCUUCU